AUGCAAAAUGUUUACAAAUCACUCUUGAAGCUAAAUUACCCUUUGCUAAACCAGAAAGAGGAGAUGCUCGAGGAGGAGGAGAUCAAAACCAGCGCCUGUCUGAAUGACUCCCCAGGCUUUGUGUAUGCCCCUACGACUGCCACAGCGUCUGAGGCAGUGGAAACAAUAGAAGCUGGUACAACAUCGGCCAGUGAAGCCGAUCCCGAUAAAGAACUUGCUCGACACAAUCACAUUGCAUCCACUUUUUCUUCCUCUCAGCAUAUGGUCAACAAGAGGGCAACCAACACAUCUUACCAUGCCUAUCUUGGCAACAGGCGUGGAUCAAAAGACAGCAGUGAGUCUUUUGGUAUUGGCUUGACAUCUGAGGAUGUUGUGGACCGACUGUUGUCGAUAGAAUACAACAAGACAGACGAAAACAUCAUACCUAUAUUCUUGACAUUUUUCAGAAAGUUCAUGAAGCCAUAUGAACUGGUCAAAAUGCUAGUCGAUAGAUUCGAGAAUGAUGGUCUCGCUUCAGAUGCGUCUUCACCGACUGAUUUACAAAAGAGAAUUCAUAGCAUCUUUUCGUUGUGGUUAUCACAUUAUUGGAAUGAUUUCUAUGGCCCUCACGCAAGGAAGCACAUUAUUCUCUUUUUAGAUCGCAUAUCAAAGUACGAAUACCUGACCCCCAUCUGCGAUUCUUUAGCGCCUCUGGUUGUGCGUGAACCACCAUCUUAUGACCCAGACAAGAGUUGGGGCCUCAUUGACGAUGAAGAUGACAAUAAUUUUGAUUCUCUGGAUGAUAGUAGAUUGUCUUGGCCAGCAACACAUGUUGCAACUAAACGAAGAAACGAGAAAAAGGAUAGCGCGUAUGCAUCUGGCACAUUUAGUGUUUCUAGCUAUAUUCAUCACCAUCCACCCACUUCACCCUCUCCACUAUCAUCACCAACCACAAAUGAGCAAUUCUUAUUGAAACGACUCUCAGGCGCCAACAACAGUAACUACCCCUCUAGAAACAGCCAUCAACAGCCAUCUUCUACAGCAACUGAUGCACCCUUGAUUUCGCCAAACUUAAACAGGCUGCUCCGUAGCUCAAGUCAUCGGAAAGUUGUUACACAUUCAGAGUCUCAUCCCAAUCUCAGAUCAUCGUAUGCCACAGCCGGCAGCAACAAAGGUCCCUUGUCGGCGUCAAAUAGUAAGAGUAGUUGCGAGUUACCCAGACGAGCCGAGUUUGCAGGUGGUUUGAUAAACAUUGACAAUGUUGCGAAACCCAAAAAUCCCUAUACGCCAUCUUUCAAAAUCACUACGUCUAUUGCUUCUACUAGAACCGUUGGCGGCUGGACUUCUUCGUUAGGAACACAAUUAUUAGCAUCUAGCUUCAUCAGUUCGUUCAGACAGCACCGAUCAGAUAAAGACCAAUCGAGCUAUAACUAUAAGGUUUUCAUGAAAGCAACGGAUGUAACUAUAGCGGAUCAACUUACUUGGAUUGAAGCGGAACUAUUUUCUCGCAUCAAGCCACGAGAGUUUAUCCGCAACAUCUGGAGCUCCUCGAUUAGUAACGAUAGCUCUUCCUUUAUGGAGUCUUCUAGCAACAAUGCAGUUACCGCAUCUAUUGCACAUUUUAACUUUAUAUCGGCUUGGGUGGUAACGAUGAUCAUAACUCAGACUAGGUUAAACAAGCGGGUGUCAGUACUGGAGAAGUUCAUGUCCAUUGCAGUUGCAUUGCGAAACCACAACAACUACAACUCUCUGAUGGCUAUUUUAGCUGGUAUCAACAGCGCUUCGGUUCUUAGACUGAAGCAAACACGUCAAGCUGUGUGUACAAAGAAAGUUUUCAAGCAGUUUCAAAGUCUCGAACGCCUCAUGAGUACAGACAGAUCAUUUAGUUCCUAUCGCAUGGCACUGAAGGCAACUGGCGCUCCCGGAAUACCAUAUCUGGGAAUCCAUAAUCAGGAUUUAGUGUCACUUGCUGAAGCAAACAAAGAUUUCCGUGCCGAUGGUACUAUUCAUUGGGAGAAGUUUAGAUUAAUGGGUGAAACAAUUAUGGCAACGAUGAGGUUUAAAUAUCCUGGCUACUCCAUUGAGCCUGAUACCCAAAUAUUGACAUUCAUUGCUGACAGCUAUAUUCUAUCAGAGGAUGAACAAUACAAACGAUCUAUUCUAAUAGAACCGAGGUUAGCUUCAUCUAGCACAAACAGAAUUAGAGACUUGUGGUUAAGAAUGUAA